CUCGAUCUGCCAGAAUGUUGCGGCGCUGUCUGUCAUCGCUGACCACCAAGCCGUCUUGGGUGCGCCCGGGCUCGCACGACUACCUGCGCGAGGUGCUUGAGAGCCGCGUCUACGACGUAGUCGUCCAGACGCCACUGCAGCUCGCUCCGGCGCUGACGCAGUCCCUGCCGGGCAAUUGCCGCCUCUUCCUGAAGCGCGAGGACAUGCAACCCACCUUCUCGUUCAACUUACGUGGCGCCUAUAACAAGAUUGCCAACCUGACGCAGGCCCAGCGAGAAAGGGGCAUUGUGGCCUGUGCAGCCGGCAACCACCUGGAAGGCGUGGCUUACGCCGCCGCUAAGCUGGACGUCGAUGCCAUCGUCAUUGCGCCUGUCGGCACGGCACAGAACGUUUCUUACUCCACCAAGAGCAAGAUCACGGUGGUGGAACACGGUGCCGACUUUGAUGCAUCAAUGAAAGAGGCGUUCCGUGUUGCGCAGACUGAGGGCCGAUCCCUGGUGCAUCCCUUUGAUGACCCAUUUGUGAUCGCUGGAAACGGCACGAUCGCCAUGGAGAUCCUGAAGGAGACGGCUGGAGAACGCCCGGCAGCGAUUUUUGCCCCUGUGGGCGGAGGUGGCUUGAUUGCUGGGAUUGCCGCUUAUGUAAAGGAGGUGGCUCCCGAUGUGAAAGUCAUCGGCGUAGAGGCUGAAGGCGCUAACCUCUUGGAAGCUUCGCUGAAGGAGGGCUGUCCAGUGGCCAUCCCGAGUGUCAACCGAUUUACGGAGGAAGUGGGCAUUAAGACCAUUGGCACGGAGAACUUCCGACUAUGCAAGGACCUGGUGGACGAAGUGAUUACUGUCUCGACCGACGAGAUCUGCUCUGCCAUUAAAGACGUGUUUGGCGACACACGCUCACUCAUGGAGCCCACUGGUGCGAUCAGUGUUGCUGGUGCCAAGAAGUAUGCUCGUGUGAAGAACGCGCAGAACGAAAAAUACGUGGCUGUACUGGCCGCCGCUAACAUGGACUUUGAUCGAUUGCGUUUUGUCUCGGAGCGUUCAGAUGAUCGCGAGCGGUUUAUGGCUGUUAAGAUCCCCGAGAAGAUCGGUAGUUACCAGGAACUUUACAACGUCAUCUUCCCACACAACGUGACCGAGUUCACGUACCGUAUGGACUCCGAGGGUGACAGUGAGGCUCGUAUCUGCAUGAGUAUCCAGACGAAGACCGAGGAAGAGUUUGUCAACGUCGUUAAGGCCAUCAACGAGCGCGGCGACAUGCACGCCACCGAUCUGGCCUCCAACGAGCUGGCCAAGUCACAUCUGCGUCACCUCGCUGGUGGCCGUCCUGAGAACGUCACCAACGAGCGGGUGUUCCGCAUUGAGUUCCCCGAACGCCCCGGCGCGCUGAAGGACUUCCUCGAUACUCUCGGUCAAUCUGCGCGUCAGUGGAAUAUCAGUCUGUUCCAUUACCGCAAUCACGGAGCCGACAUUGGCCGCGUACUCGUCGGUUUCCAGGUGCCCAAGAAGGAUAAUGCGGCAUUCCAUGCAUUCCUGAGCCAGGUGGGCUUCCGCUGCGAGGAGGAGACGAAAAACCAGGCCUUCACUCACUUCCUGCACUAAGAAUACCCUAGAAAACUUCAAU